GCGCGUCAAAAAAGGUGCGCGGGGAUCUCGUAAAAACAAACAAAAAAAAUAUUAUUUUUCUCCGUUAAAAAACAGCGUUUAAAAAAGAUACCAGUCGUCAUAUACUAUACUAAAAACGUUUUUUGGGGGGCGCGGGGGACGGUAGUAAACAAGAUCGUGUAAAUAUCACAACCAAGAGGUAUCGUCAGAUUGGAAUCAUACUUUGUCGCAGAAGUUCCGAGGAGGCCUAAGCUUCGUCAUCAUUCUCAUCAUUAUGGACGAAAACGUUCGCCGAGACCCGGAGGACUCCGGCGAGGAGUCAAACGGAGCCAUCCCGCCUCUUAUCCUGCCCCCUGGCAACCAGCAGUCUCACAGGACCACCAACUUUUACAUCGACAACAUUUUAAGGCCGGAUUUUGGCCGCAAGAGGAAAGGUGGCACCCCGAUCAGAGAGGCAAGAGAGGUGAUGGGAAGCGCGCCCAAAAUCGCCAACCCCGACGGACAGCGAAGCGCCGCGGGAGGAGCAGACGGCUCGCCGCCGUCCGACGACCGCCGUCCGGAUCCCCUCGGCCGGAAGGGUGAGCCGAGAGACGGCGAAGAAAGCGAGCAGCUCCGAGGAGACGACCGGAGCCGCUGCCGCAGCCCCCGGACCAGCGGCGCGGCACCCGAGGGGGCCAAACAGAUGCUGUGGCCGGCCUGGGUUUACUGCACCCGCUACUCCGAUCGUCCGUCGUCAGGGCCCAGAUCCCGUAAACCGAAGAGGGCCCGGACCCCGACGAAAGAGGACAAGCGACCCCGGACGGCCUUCAGCGCGGAGCAGCUGCAGCGGCUCAAGGCCGAGUUCCAGAGCGAGCGCUAUCUGACCGAGCAGCGGAGGCGGGAGCUGGCGCGCCAACUCGCCCUCAACGAAUCUCAGAUUAAAAUCUGGUUUCAGAACAAGCGGGCCAAACUCAAAAAGGCCACAGGCAGCAAGAACUCGCUGGCGCUGCAUCUCAUGGCGCAGGGACUGUACAACCACGCCUCGGCCAAGGACGCCAAGUCGGACAGCGAUUAGCCCGCGGCUGGCCGGCCUCCCCCCUUCUUCCGAGAGCAGACGACGAAACGCCUUACUCGCCAAUUUCGAGUGCCGCCGCGUGGCGCUCGCACAAACAAACAAACGAAAGAAAAAAAAAUGCCAAUUCAUUUGUUCGAAACGCCCGAGCACGCCAGAUUCGGAAAUAGCUCGGAGGGCACAUGGCCGUCAACAGUUUUUCUUGUCUCUUUUUAAUGCGUGGGCACACAAGGAAAGCAAGGGUCGUUUCUUAGGAGCCGAGAGACACUCAAUGAGCCCAAAUGGCCUGCGUGGACAAAGACACGGCUCGACCAAACUUGCUGUAGCCCGCUUCACACUAGUGAUGAUUUAAAAAAAAAAAAAAAAACAAUAUGCUGAAGUCCAAAGAGUUUUUGCUGCAUUGUGGUACCUCUGUUCGCCAAGCUGUGAAUUGUGAAUUCUUCUUGUCGGUUUUUCUUCGACUCCUCAGCCACGGAGUGUCUUUUGUUUGC